AUUCCUCAUUCAACGCCCAACGACAACCCAGGAAUCAACCCCCAACGACAUUCAAGAUGGCCGAAAAGACCGAGAACCCCAUGAAGGAUCUUCGUAUCCAGAAGCUCGUCCUCAACAUCUCCGUCGGAGAGUCUGGUGACAGACUUACUCGUGCCGCAAAGGUGCUCGAGCAGCUUUCUGGUCAAACCCCGGUUUACAGCAAGGCCCGCUACACCGUCCGUACCUUCGGUAUCCGUCGUAACGAGAAGAUCUCCGUCCACGUCACCAUCCGUGGCCCCAAGGCUGAGGAGAUCCUCGAGCGUGGCCUCAAGGUCAAGGAGUACGAGCUCCGCAAGCGCAACUUCUCCGAGACCGGUAACUUCGGCUUCGGUAUCAGCGAGCACAUCGAUCUCGGUAUCAAGUACGACCCCGGAAUCGGUAUCUACGGAAUGGACUUCUACGUCUGCAUGAGCCGCCGUGGUGAGCGCGUCGCCAAGCGCCGCCGUGCCCGCAGCUCCGUCGGUGCCUCCCACAAGAUCCGCAAGGACGAGAUCGUCAAAUGGUACAAGCAGAGGUUCGAGGGAAUUGUCAGGUAAAUUGCCUGCGGUUACAACGAAUGGAUGGGCGUUUUUUGAGACACAAUGGGUGUGAUGGGAUGGCAAAAUGGGAUUAGGAUGUACUUCGCGAUACAUUUGGCAGUCAUAGGACUGUUCGGCUUGUGCUCGAAAGAGUCUUGCUGCGGCGUUAAGCCCGACCGGCUUCGUGCCGGCUCAACCAUUGUUGAAUCUGAAAUUGUUCCUCGUGCUUAUGUAUUCACCAUUGAUGCUUGCUAUGGGGGCUUUGAAAAUUAAAUUCCUGGUUUAUAGGAAUAAUGACGGUGUCGGCGUUUGCUAUACAACUUCAGAUCAAGAAUAAACAAAAAAUUGUUCACUCA